AUGCCGCCGUCAGUGCCCACAUUGCUCGCCGCCUCAACCCCCUGGCUCGUUCCGCGAAACUCUGUUCAAGCUUUCGGACGAGAAUUCCAAACCUCACCUGCUCAGCCUUACCUCCUCCCAUCCAACGCUCGCCCAAUCAGCACCAGCACGUACAGCAAGCCAAUGGGACCACCGCGAACCGCUCUCGGCCGUGUCUGCGCUUCCACGACGCGAACCCUCUCCCACCGAACACUACGAAGCCUUACGCAGACGCAGACACGAUGGAGCUCCUCGCAGCCCGUCUCGAAGCUCGUCUUCCCAGAUGACGACGGCGCUGAACCAAGCGCCGUGCGCCACAUCCACCUGACCUCCUCCUCCCCCCGCGACGCCGCCGGAUUCCUAUCAUACACAGCCGCUUCAGAUUUCCAAGCCUCCCUGCGCCAGGCCUUUCUCGACUGGAAAUCCGCCCCGACGCCCCGCGCCCCAUCGCCCCUCGUUGUGUCCUUCAUCCCGACACCAACCUACACGCUCGGCAAACGGCAAAAGUCGCUGCGCGAAGACCAGGUGUUCCGCCUCACCCGGCCUCUCUCCGUGACCCUCGACGACGGCACAACUCGAGACUUCGCCCCCGCGGUCAUCGAAACGGACCGCGGCGGCCUGACGACCUACCACGGCCCCGGCCAAGUCGUCCUCUGGCCCAUCCUCGACCUGCGGAGCCCGUACUAUCCCCACCAGACGGUCCGCUCGUACGCGCGCCUGCUCGAAGAAACGACCCAAGCGAUCCUUGCCUCCUCUCCAUCAGGGCCCGGCAUCCCCACAUACCUCUCCGAAGAAGACCCGGGCGUCUGGACCGAAGGCGCCAGGGCGCACGGCCAGGAGCGCAAGAUCGCGGCCAUGGGCGUCCACCUCCGCCGGCACAUCACCGGCCUUGGCACGGCGCUCAACGUCGACGUCGUCGUGGACGGGGACGAGCGCGCCAACCCCUGGGCGAGGUUCGUGCCGUGCGGGCUGGAGGGCAAGACGGCCACGAGCGUGCAGGCCGAGGUCGGGCCGAGAUGGGACGCGUGGGCGGCUGCUGGCGACGCGAGGGCGCGCAGGGAGUGGUAUGCGAGGCGGUGGGUGGAGGAGUUUGCGAGGCGGUUGGGGGCCGCGGCCGUCGACGGGACGGUGUAUCAACGACUUGCCUGA